UUAGUUCCUUUCACUACUUCCGGUUAUUGACUGGGCCUAGUCAAUGACUAAAUAAGUAAGAAGAACAACGAGCAGUGAAUGAAAAUAGAGACUUUAUUUUUAAUCAAAAGCGGAUACAAAUCAAACUGUCCACUAAAUUGUUGGGUUUAACAUCAGACAAGAUCUUUGAGAACUUUUGCUUCUAACUGGGGACUCAUGUUUCCGACAAAGUCUAACUUUUUCAACUGUUUGUGAGAAUGGACUCUUCAGGAGGUGUACAGGUGUUUGAUCAAAAGGCUGUGAUACAGCGAUGGAAAAAUGGUCUCCUGACCAGCCAGGAACAAUUUGAGCAGGCGGUCUACCAACAUUUUGCCGAGUUUGUGCCUCUCGUGUAUGCCAACAAUUUGGACAAUGAGAAAGAGGAGCGCCGGGCCCGGAAGUUUCUCUUCCAUCCCCUGGAGGAGUUCAUGUGUCAGGAAGACCCUGGGAUUAUGUUUCAGAAGUUAGGCCAUAUGGAUAAACCCUCACAGCUAUGCGGACACAACUUUAAGAAUGGAGAACCAACUUACUCUUGCAGGGAUUGUGCCUAUGACCCCACAUGUGUUCUCUGCAUCACAUGUUUCCAGAAAAGCACUCAUAAAAACCACAGAUAUCGGAUGAGCACAUCUGGUGGUGGUGGUUACUGCGACUGCGGUGACACUGAGGCAUGGAAAUCUGAUCCCUCCUGCGUGCUUCACACACCACGUCGGGUAGAGGAGACAGGAAAUGAGGUGAACCUUCCAGGAGACAUGCAGCAGUUUGUCAUUGGCAUGUUUCGCUGUGUGCUCAAGUUUACUGCUGCUGUGCUGACGUGGGACGAGAAUGUCACUCUGCCGCUGGGUUUGCAGCGAACAGACGCAGCUCUGGCCAACAUGCCUUACUUGUGUAUGCUGUACAAUGAUGAAGUGCAUACUUAUGAUCAGGUGAUCAACACCCUCCAGAGAGCAGUCACCUGCACACCACGCCAGGCUCUUGAUUAUGCCACCAUUGUCGAUAGAGAGGGCCGCAGUUGUGUGAAAUCUGGAACAGAAGAUGAAUGUAACACUGUGAGACAGACCAUUGAGCGCAGCACAUCUCGUCAUGGAAGCAAGCCCUUGAAGGUGGAGGUUAUGCUGAAAGAUGUGGUGGCCCUUCAGCAGUUUGCUCUCAAGGUACUUGGCUGGCUACAGACUGUCAGCGACAAAGCAAGUUCUAUACGAAAGCUUAUGUGUCAGACCCUGAUGGAACCCAGCACCGAAGGCGGCGUUACUACCUUGUCAGUGCUGGAGAAAUUUAUACAGGCUGACACACGUCUCUGGAAAGUUGCAAGAGUACAAAGCCAUCAGCUGCUCAUGUCUUGUGUAUUGAAAGAUCCUCCUUCUAAAAAGCAAUUUUCUGUGAUAUUCACUAAGUGGUUCCAGUACAUGGUGCGCCAGUUUAGCCAGGACGAUCAUGAUCAUGACGUCUCCAUGCCCAGCCUCUCAGUCCAGAUUUUCACUGUGCCCAGUUUGGCUAGGAUGUUGAUCGCUGAACAUGAUCUGCUUUCUGUGAUAGUCAAGGCAUUUCUCUCAGCUUGUGAUCACAAGAAAAAUCGACUAGGUAAACUGAGUUUUGACCGAGCAGAGAGAAGUUCUGUCUUCAAGAGGUCAAUGUAUGUUCUUCACGAUCUCAAGUAUGCCCUGGUGUGCAAGCCUACAAGUCCAGAGGACUGGUCUGAAGCCUUGAGGAACAACUUCCUCCGCGGCCUGACAUCAUUUUUGUCUCUGCUCACAAUGAUUCAGGGCAUGGAUGCGGUUAAGCGGCAGACUGGCCAGCACUUGGAGUUUGACCCUGAGUGGGAGGGCGCCUUCACCAUACAGAUCAAACUGGAGGACUUGCUGGUGCUGUUUUGCGAAUGGUGUGCAGCUGAUCGUUACUUGUUGGUGGAAGGUUACAAGGCCGUGAUGGAAGUUUUGGCAGGCUGCAGGGAGACAUGCACAUAUAAAAAUGCCACAGUGGGGAAUCACACUGGGGAGGUGAUCGACUUUGAUGUGUCCACGGACCCAGUUUCUAUACACUACCCUCUGAAUAGGUUUCUGGCCGCUCUGCAUGUUCAUUUGGAGACCCAUGGACUGACUUUUUCUUCUCCGGAACUGCAAAAUCCUACUUUAGCAGAGAUGGCAGCUAGCGUGGACGUUCCCACCACUGGCCCGCUGGAUGUGAGGGAGUUGAUGGAACCAGCGCUGCGUAUACAGGUGCUUCUAGCUCAGUGCCAGGCGGGCAUGUGGCGCCGGAAUGGUUACAGCCUGCAAAAUCAAGUGUUCUUCUACUCCAAUCUCCGAUGUCGACAAGAGAUGUAUGACAGGGAUAUAAUCAUGCUACAGAUUGCAGCAUCUCUUCUGCCGGGUGACGACUUUCUGCUGCAGCUGCUCAACAAGUACAACCUUCUCAACUGGGUCAGGAUUGAGUAUGACAUCCCUGGAGGCCAGGAGGACUCUGUACGACAGACCGUCACCUUGGCUGAGGAGUUUCUUACGCUUCUCAUCAUUAUCUUGGAGGAACGUUACAUCCCGGGUGUGGGGCAAGUGGAGAAGAAAGACACGAUCAAGCGAGAAGUGAUCCAUCUGCUCUGUAUCUCACAACAGGCUCACAGUCGCCUGAGCAAAUCCUUAAAUGAAGACAUUAAUCAUGAGACAGGCCUUGACUCGGUGGUGAACGAAAUUGCUAAUUUCAAAAAACCACAAAGUGGGGGAAAUGGCAAAUUUGAGCUGAAGCCUGAAUACUACAAAGAGUAUUCACCAUAUUUCUACCACUACUACAAGGCGGAGCAGUCAAAGUCUGAAGAAGUCCAGAGACAGAGAAAGAAACAGAACGAGGAAGAUCAAAGUUUGCCUCCUCCCCUCCCACCUGCAUUAUCGUCCCAGUUCCAGGCACUUGUCAACAUUCUGCAAUGCGAUGUCAUGAUCCACUUACUCAGCAUUGUCCUCCGCAGAACAGCGGCACCGAGGUCGAGGUCAUGGUCAGAGGCCCAGUUUGACAGGGUUCUUUUCAUCAUUGGGUUGGCCUUACAUGAGCAGAUUCGUGCCUAUGAGCGGGGAGACAGAUCUUUUCAGUUUCUGUCCAAGGCUAUGAGAAAGUCUGUGCAGGAAGCUGGCCAAGAAGGUGAGAGCAUCCUGUCACUGCUCCAAAGCCUUGUAUUUAACCCAAACCUCAGCACACAAGAGUCGAAGGAUCUGUUGGCUUGGGUGUUGAGGAAAUUUGCUGAGGCCCUCAAAGUCCUCGAUGAGCCAGUAGCUAAAGAGCAUGUGGACAGCAUUGCCAAAUGUACAGACCUGCGUUCAGAUGCUGAACGCAAAAAGCGAGCUCUGGCUGCAGCCAAGCGAAGGGCCAAGGUCAUGGCUCAGAUGGCCAAAAUGCAGAAAGACUUUAUUGCUGAAAAUGCUGAACUGUUUGAGAACACAAGCACAGAGUCAAGUGAAAUGCCUAUUGAGAUGGAAGUUGGGGAUCUACCAGCAUCCAGUGACGAUACCCUCAUCGCCCUGGGCCCCCACCAGAGCUCCCUGAAGGUUACAGGCCCGCUCUCAGUCACCUGCAUCCUGUGCCAGGAAGAGCAGAGGAUUUCUCACUCAGGUCGUGCCAUGGUGCUCUCCGCCUUUGUGCAGCAGUCCACUGUGCUGGCUCAGCACAAGCGCGUACACUUGACGGGCAAGGAGGAGCAUGACCCCCUGUUCAUGCCCUCUGACCUCAGCAAUGGAACUCACACCAGCUCCUGUGGGCAUGUCAUGCAUCAUGAGUGCUGGCAAGGGUUUUUUACAAACAUUGUGAACCGGGAACGGCGCCGUCCCAUGCGCUUCAGACACAGUUUCAGCUACGACAUUGACCGCAUGGAGUACCUGUGCCCUCUGUGUGAGGGGCUCAGUAACACGGUCAUCCCUCUUGUACCUGCACUGCACACCUUGGUCAGUGACAGGGAUAAAAAGACAGUUGAACUGAAAUUUGACGACUGGCUGGAUGGCAUCCAGAAAACUGUGGUCAACAGCAUUAAGGAGGCAGAGGACAAGGAGUCCAAAGAUGACCUGCUGCUGUUUCAGCCGUGCCCGAUCUCCACCAUCUCACGCAUGAUGGCCGAGAGUGUGGCCAAGAACUUCCAGCUGCUGUGGGAGUACGUCUACGAUGACGCCAGUGGUUGUUUCUCAGAAGGGAUGAGAGAGAUGAUCAAAAAGUUUGCCAGAGAUGUUUAUGCUUUUGGUCUUGGAGUGGAACCAGACGAUGAAAACAGCCGAGUUCCUGUGAUGGCCUGGAAUACCUGUGCGUUUACCGUGCAGGCACUCGAACAAGAGCUUGAGCGGGACAACUUGGCUGUUUUCGAGUCGAUACCGGAGCGUCAGAACGCUCUGCUAGGGGCCGUGGUACGUUUUGCUGCGGUCACCAGCCAGGUGAUGAAUCCUGACACCAUCAAACAGCAUUGUAUUCGACUUCUUUCAGCCCUGAUCCCAUCUGAGCUGGAGAAGAGGAACAAGGCCACAACGUGUCUGCUUGAUCUUGAACUUUUCCACUAUCUGGUAGUGCUGACCAUGACCCUUCCUGCCCUCCAUGCGGAACAGCAAAGGUCACACAUCUCGUCGCUGCCCACUGGUGGGCUCAAUGAUCAGCAUGCCUUACAGCUGGUCUUCACUGCCCACGUGGUGCACAUCCUCCUGUGUUAUGAAGCCCCUUGUGAAGAAGAAGAAGAGAUGGAAUCAAACUCAGAAGCAGCAGACCUGUUGGAGGUGUUUCGUAACUUGCGCUCAGAGGCUCGAGUGGUGGACACUGCCUUGCCGGGCUCCCUGUCGCUGCUCCAAGAUGUGAAGAAUGCCUGUCUGCCGUUCCUGCGCUGCUGUGCCAUCCUGUACCAUCACCUGACUGGAGUGGCCCCACCUCCUCAGCUCACCAGUAACAACAGCUUGGAGUUCUCCUACCUGUGUCGUUACCUGGCACUGCCCACACACCUUCCUGAUCUGUUUUUGAAACAAGGGGAGAACACCAGCAACUUGAUACAGAGCUGGUGCAGUAGCCGCAGUGUGCGUGAGCGUCUGUCAGCCAGCAGCGAGCCCCUGGUCCACUACCCACUCAAGCUGAACCAGCUCAUUGAACUCCCCAACGAUUACAGCCUUCUCAUCAACGAGGCCUCCACAUUCACUUGUCCUAAAUCUGACGGGGACGACAGCCGUGCUCCGACUCGCUGCCUGGUGUGUGGCCGCAUGCUGUGCUCUCAGAGCUACUGUUGCCAGUCGGAGCUGGAGGGUUCGCAGGUCGGGGCUGCCACAGAGCAUGCCUACCACUGUGGGGCAAACAGUGGGAUAUUUCUAAGGGUACGUGAGUGUCAAGUCCUCUUGCUGUCCAACAAGAUCCGGGGCUGUUUUCUACCUGCUCCAUACUUAGAUAUCUAUGGGGAGACUGACCAGGGACUCAGGCGAGGCAACCCUUUGAGCUUGAGCCUGGAGAACUAUCAGAGCAUUCAGAAGAUCUGGUACCAGCACAACAUUCCCCAGACAAUCUCACGCAGCCUAAACGGGGAGCCCAACACCAGCCUCCUCAUCGAGUGGCACAACUUGUGAGCCAACAGCGCUGGCAGACCAGACGUCCCAGCCUGAGAGGGAGAGAUGUUGUCUUGAGGGAUGAAAAGGGGGGGGUGAGGAGUGUAGUAGGUUAGUGCGAUCACACCUACAGGCUGGUGGAGGGGCUGCGUUGUCAAUGUGUGAGAUGGGAAUCACUGAGUCUUGUGUUGGUGGAAGCCAGUUUGCAAUGCCUUGAACUCUCAUUUUGUUAUUGGCUGAUUGCUCUGGGAAGGCUUGAGAAGUGGAGUAAAGGGUUUUUUCUGUUUGUUCUGAAUAAUGGCAUCCACUUCCAGGCUGUUUGCAGACUCUACUCAUCAUCGUGAUAAUCAGCGUCUCUUGGCCCUCUGGCAUGUUUUGUGCCGGUGUUCUUUAUUAUUGAGAUUCGGUCCUUUUGAAGUGACUUGCCACACAUUUUUCGGAGCUCAGAGAAGUGUAUAAUUUUAUUUUUUUGCUCAUGGCCACAUGUUAUGAUAAUAAUAUAUUUUUGGUUUGGUUGAGACCUCUUUCUCCCUACCCCUGUGUGCUGUAGAGGCUCUUCCUAUCAGGGAUGAUAUAAAAGUGCUGUAUUGAAAAGUUUUAUUGGUAUACAAUUCUGUUAUUUAUUUCCUUAGAUUUUGAAUUUCUCUUUGAAUUGAUUUGUUUCUUCUACUUUGACUUCUUUACGUAUUGACAUAUUGGCUUUUGUAUGUACAGAAGGUUUUUCUGUGUAUGUGGAUAAUGAUUUGUACAUUCUGCCCUUUCAGACCCAUAAUUUCUUCCUCUUUCCCUACUUUCCCCAUGUCAUGUUCAUGCAGUUCACCAAAAUUUGUUUGCAUUUAUUAUGUUUCAUUAUGGCAUAACUGUGAACAGCUUGCAAUUUCAAGCCUUUUAAUUUAUCAGCAUGAGUGGGCAACUGUUGGAGGAGUACCUUAAAAAUAACUACUACUUAGAUAUCAGGGUGGUUCCUAUCGUGGUAUGUAUUACAGUUUGCCCAGUGCUAAGGGGUUGUGGCUUAUUUUUUCCUAGUCUUACCCGAGGACAUAGUUUUCUCGUAGAUUGAUCAUCGUAUAUCAGUAAAAAUGUUGUAUAUAUAAUGCAUUUGCAAGUAAGGAACUGGAAUUGAAGAAAGGUUUGUGUUCUUCUUAGAGGCCAAAAAUGUUUUGUCAGAUAUGAAGUGCUAUCUAUCUAUCAUCAUAUGACAGGACAUUGUGACUUUUAAGAUCUUUCCCUCUUUAUCUCUUGAGCCUUAAGAGUUCUAGCGUUGAUAGCAACAGAUUGGGUGAUUAAAAGCUAUAGGUUUUGGUAAGCAUUCGAGGAAUAAAUGUACAGAGUGUAAAAAGUGCCCAGAAAUUUAUGGUAAAUUUUUCUCCAUAAAGUAUUAGGUUAAGUUGAAGAGCUGGUCAGACUAUGGAGACCGCAAUCUGCCUUGAGCAAUUCCUCAAAAGCGGGUCACUGCUGUCUCACUUAUGUGUAAAACUAUUUUUGUGUGGAAACUAUAUUUCCUUGACAGUAUUUUCACAUUUGAGGUUCACUUUUUGGCUGAAAAGGCUGGCCGGCUCUUAUACUGAAGUCUCUACCUAAACGCACAGUUCUCGGGAAGGCUCCUUAGCAUGUGUUUAUACAUUUACAUAAACCAUUGCAAAGGGAGGAAGGGACGCACUCAUCUCAUUUCCUUGAUAUUUUAGUGACCUCCCUUGGGGGGUGAGGGGUAAUUAUGGCAGACAGUAUGACUACACGUGACUGUUUUGUGACGGAUUUCCAACUGCGGUAAUUGAAUGUAAAGGCGUUGAAAGGGGGGGUAGGGGGUGGGCAGAAAGACGUACUCAUUGUACUGAUAUGCACAAAAUAAUGUCGGAACAGACAAGAGGGAACUGUAGGUGAUAGAUCUAGUCGUAGGGAAAAGUGCUCAGCCCCGCGGCCUUCCAAGCAACCAUUCCUGACAGCCCGUUAUCUAUUGCAACUUGAUAAAUGCAUGGUUGAUAUCAGAAUCAGAAUUCCGAGAGGCUUUUUUUUUGUGAUUCGUUGAACAAGUACGGUUUAAGUUCUUUGAGCGCAGCUGAUUACUUGAUCAAUCUUUAAUCCAGUAGAUGACUAUUUAGUGUUCUACAGCAUUCUCGUGUGUUGCGUAUCAUAGGCCAACUAAACUUAACCACGUAUGCAGUAUCGUGACUCAACACCAGUCAGAAACCUCUCAUAGUCAAAGACACAUUUCGAUGACCAAUCAAAAGACAUUUCAGUCCCUCCACCCCCAACAUAUCUCCCGACCAGUCCUAGACCUAUGUGUCCGUGGACUGUUGGGUGUGACAACACUCUCUAUCACUCUUUUUGUUCAGCGUGAUGGGCAGUCUCUCCAAAUAUCUGGUUGUCUAGGCUUGUCUUUUGCUGGCUGUGCAGGUUGUAGUGAAUAUUUACUUUUGUCAAGCUUUACCUGUUGGUGUGGGCCGCAGAUCGAAGCGUGUGUUUAUUGGAAGCGACCAUGCAUUUGUACGUCUCUAAAUUAUAUAGUGAAAAACCUGUCUUAUAACGAAAGCUUGUGUUUGAGCGGAGUGUGUGUUUAGGUGGAGACUACUGUACUAGUGACUAAUCUUGUAAAGAUAAAUAUGCUCACAUUCGAUAUGGUUGUGGCAGUUGGUUUCUAAGAAGAAAUAAGAAAUAUUUCUGAGCAUUAAUCUUGUGACAACCCAACAAUUUGAGUCAUGUUGCAUUUUGAAAACAUAACGAAUUUAUAAAUCAUUUGUUUUUAUCAAACUUAAGGUCUGUUCAUGCCGUACGAGUGAGAGAAACAAAAUCAAUCUAUCUGCUUUGAUUCCAAAGUUAUAAUCACUUAAUUGAGGUUGGGGAGUUGGAAAAAAAGUUGUUUCGAGAAAAUCAAUGUUUUGCCUGAUAUCUUGAAACAACUGAGUGUAACAAGUGACUCAUUUUGUCCUCCUGCUGUACAAUUGUCUUCUCUCUUGUUUUUGGGGGUUUUUUUUCAGUUCUUCGUGGGGGGUGGGGGGGGGGGGGGGGGGGGGCGGUUUCACAAAAUCUGUUUGUCCGGAAUUCAGGAUUAUAAAUUACCUUUUAGAUGGUGUUUUGUCAACAUACCAUUACGAAGUGCUCAGCCUUUUUAAUAGCCAACAAGUUUUCUCCUUUUGUGCCCAGUGAAUAAAUGUUUCCCCAGAAUAACAGUUAGUUUCCUCAGGUAGUCCAAGAGCUUUUCCUGAAACUAUUGUUGAUUUAGAAUUUCGUCAGUUUGCUUAUUAAUAUUUAGAGAACUUAUGUCAGAGGUGCUCUCGUUUUUUGCUGGUGAACUGCGUCAACAUUAAAAUGUUUUGAUUGGGACAAAAAUAGUCUGAUAUUUUUUUAUAUUAUUGGAUAAUUAUUCCUAUUGAUUUUGUUGUGUCUGUCUUCUCUCCACCAUAUUAUGUUGACUGUGUCUGGUGUACUGAAGCAGGUUUCUGUCCUUCCAGGAAGACUGCCCAAUGAGAGGGAGAGUUUUUAGGUCAUUUACUUACUUUUGAACCACAUAAAGCUGCGUUUCUCAGAGUUCCAAUUUUUCUCAUAAUUACUUUUCUUUUGCAUCAGAUUCCAGUAGUUCUUCAUUGCCAGAACAAUUAGAUUUUUUUUUUUUUUUUUUUUUUUUUUUUCUCUAAUUUCACCAGUGAACCUCCCUGCUUGAAACACUUGUGGGGAGUCUGAUUCAGUAAUUUUAUUUACUCCAAGAUCUAAGUCAUCUUCAACUGUGCUGGAAAUAAUUGACACUGUGAUGCUUUGGCAUUUGUUUUUUUAUUAAUGCUGUUUGUACAUGAAUUUCUUCAGGGCACUCUCCUGUAACAAGUCAUUUUUGACUGUACUGUAAGAGAAAAGACGCACAUAAACUGAAUACUGAAUGUAUGUGAAUUCUGUUGCAAAUAAGGUAUAAAAAAAUGUUUGUAGCCUAUCACCUGUUUCAGUUUCCCGGAUAAAAAUCUGUACCUUCAAUGCCACAGUUAUCUUCCCUACAAUGUCAUUAUGUCUGAAGUACAGGGGAGGGGGGGGAGGGGGGGUUUGGUCCCUCUCCAGUUGUAAGUUUCCGGUGUUUGGCUUGAUCCCUAGUGUUGCCGUGAGUGUGUAAACAAAAGGUGUUGGUUUUUGAUCUCUCAGCGAACCUUGUCAGAUCUGCAUGCCCUGUUGUUUUCUCAUUUGAUGUGAAGGGAUGUUGAGAAGAUGACAAAUUUUUUUUCUCCCACACCUACCCCAUUGCCUGUCUCCCAUGUAUACAUGUACUAUGUACAUACAUGCACAUAAAUGCACACACACACACACACACACACACAUAACACAGACACUAACACACUCGCACACGCACGCGCGCGCACACACACACACACACACACACACACAUACACACACCAGGUCCGUUUUGUAUGGCCCCAGUACCUCCAAAAGCAUGUUAUCACAGCAUGAUUGUCUCUUUGUAUAUUCUUUGUAUAUAGAGAGAGACUUUGUAUCCGUGUAUUUUUAAAAAAGAGAAACUCAGUGAAGUAACGUGGAGAAGUUUGGUCUUAAUCUUAAGCAAAAAAAAGAUUUGCUCCUAGGAUGAUCAACAGCUACGCCUGUAUGCCUUGAUUAACAGUUGUCCUUCCUAGUGACAACUUUUUUUAUUUGCUUGGUUAAACUGGUCGUUAAGGUACCGUAAUUAUGUGUGACUAUACCAUAGUCACAACACAAGUGCUAGGGUUGUGUUUUUAGUGUUGGAGAAACUCGCAUGAAAUGUUUACCUUCAAAUCACAGUAAUGUGUCUGAUUUAGGUCAAACAGGACAUAGAAAUUUAGGCAACUUUUUACGAAACAGUUUUGCUUUUUUGUUUUAGUAAAAGUGUUACAGCACUUGCGACACAAUAAGGUCAUAUAAGUGUCGAAGAUCAAAGGUGUUACAAGGUAGAGUAACAAACACUGAAAAGGAGAAAGAGAGAUUAGGAUGAUAGAUGUUUGGAAGGAAAGGAAGAGCAAACCACAACAGAACACCCACAGACCACCCACAUGAAACUGCUUGUGCAGUGUAUGGGCGACAUCAGAUACUGAUACAUAAUAUGUCUGCUGUGGUUUACUUAUAGAUACCUGAUACACCCUUAGAAGUAAUCUAGGCACUUGUGUUAUGACUGUAAAGGACAAAUGAGGCUGCUUUUCUCUUUUUAUAUAUGAUGAAAAUGAAAGCAGCUCACCCAGUACUGUGGCCAGUAGGUGGGGGGGGGUUUUUGGGGGGGGGUUUGGUUAUCUUUGGAUUGAAGUGAUCUGAAUAAGUGGGAAGGUGUUACUUUUUAAUUUGAUUAGUUUGAGGGAGCACCGUCAACUACUCGUGGGUUUGGGAUUGUUACUGAAGAAGAAUUUGUUGAGAUAAAAAAGAGGCUUACAGUUUUGUACAGUUACGUCCAGUGGUCACAAAUGGUUUUGUCUUGUCAGCAGAUAUUUUGUCGGUUUUUAUUUUUAGCUGUGCUCAUGUGAAUUGCUGUAUUGAUUGAUCAUGCCCAGUCGCAUUUUCCUCAUCAGAAGUUUGCAGAGUAAGUCGGUGUAGUUUGUUCUUAAAAAAGAAACAGAAAGGUACGUCCACAGUCACGUAACAAUAAAGUGUAAGUUCUCUAACACACUA